CACGUCGUUCCAUCGCCACUGCUGAUGAGCGAAGAAAAAUUAGAAGAAAUUUUGUUCACUCAAUUCCAAGAUUCGCUGAGUUUCUGUGAUCCCAUAAUUGGAUCGUAUCGGAUUUCUAUUCGUAUUUGAUUCAUCCCUGUUUCAGAUCGAUUCUUAAUUAUCUUGAAAAGAUUCUCUCGAAAAUUUCAAUACAUACUGUAUGAUUAGGGUUUUAAUUUGAUCCGGGGAAAAAAGGGCUUCCCUCUUUAGUUUCGUUCUCCAAUUCAAAGCGCUCGGCUUUGUGGGAUUGAUGAGGGUUUAGAUUUGUGCUGCGUAUAUAUACGAAGAUGUUAUCGAAUCAUUUUCAGAAUGGCGUGGAGACGGCGAGGCUGAUGUGGUCGCGGUUGCCGGACUCGGAGGCGGACACCGACGGAGCUUCCGUCGAUGAUGUCGACCAAUAUAGAAUGCUCGACGGAGGCACCGUUGAAAGCCUUGACUACGAAGUCAUUGAAAAUAGCGCCUACCGAGAAGAGCAGGCUAAAAGGGGGAAGCUUUACAUGGCGUACAGUGUAGUGGUGAAAUGGAUCUUGGCAUUGCUUAUUGGGGUUGGUACUGCACUAGCUGCUGUAUUCAUCAAUCUUUCCGUAGAGAAUUUUGCGGGAUGGAAGUACUCUUUGACAUUCAAUAUAAUUCAGAAGUCAUAUUUUGCUGGAUUCUUAGUGUAUACUUUGAUCAACUUGGCUCUAGUGUUAUCUUCUGCAUAUAUCAUCACACAAUUUGCACCAGCAGCGGCUGGAUCGGGAAUCCCUGAAAUCAAGGGUUAUCUAAAUGGUAUCGAUACCCAUGGCAUUCUUCUGUUCAGGACUUUAGUAGGAAAGAUUUUUGGUAGCAUAGGGUCUGUUGGAGGUGGCUUAGCACUUGGUAAAGAAGGUCCACUUGUGCAUAUUGGUGCUUGUAUUGCUUCAUUGCUGGGGCAAGGUGGAACAACAAAAUAUCAUCUGCGUUCGAGAUGGUUGCAAAUUUUUACAAGUGAGCGAGAUCGCCGUGAUCUUGUGACCUGUGGAUGUGCAGCCGGGGUGGCUGCUGCUUUUAGAGCGCCAGUUGGUGGUGUAUUGUUUGCACUAGAAGAAGUAACAUCAUGGUGGAGGAGUCAACUUAUGUGGCGUGUCUUUUUUACAUCUGCUAUUGUGGCUGUUGUUGUGCGUGCAUCAAUGGGAUGGUGUAAGAGUGGAAAGUGUGGACAUUUUGGCUCCGGAGGCUUUAUCAUAUGGGACAUCUCAGGUGGUCAGGAAGACUACUCAUUUCAGGAACUGUUACCGAUGGCUUUUAUUGGUAUUAUUGGGGGACUUCUCGGAGCACUUUUUAAUCAACUUACAUAUUACAUAGCUUACUUCCGGCGGAAUUAUUUGCAUAAGAAAGGAAGACGUGUGAGGGUCAUUGAAGUUUGCAUCGUUUCCCUUCUGACCUCCGUUAUUUCAUUUGGAUUGCCACUUUUUAAGAAAUGCACCCCCUGCCCUGAAACAGAUCCUGACUCUAGUAUUGAGUGUCCCCGUCGUCCUGGAAUGUAUGGGAAUUAUGUAAAUUUCUAUUGUGGCGAGAAAGAAUACAAUGACCUGGCAACUAUUUUUUUCAACACACAGGACGAUGCCAUCAGAAAUUUGUUCAGUGCAAAAACAAUUCACGAAUUUAGUUCGCGGAGCCUGCUGACAUUUCUGGUUAUGUUUUACUCAUUAGCAGUAAUCACUUUUGGCACUGCCGUUCCAGCUGGUCAAUUUGUUCCUGGUAUAAUGAUUGGCUCGACUUAUGGGCGACUUGUAGGCAUGUUUGUUGUUAGCUACUAUGAGAAGCUGAAUAUUGAAGAAGGAACAUAUGCUCUUUUAGGAGCUGCAUCUUUUCUUGGAGGUUCGAUGCGGAUGACUGUUUCUCUCUGUGUGAUCAUGGUUGAAAUUUCAAAUAAUUUGAAGUUUCUUCCUCUCAUCAUGCUUGUUCUUCUCAUAUCAAAGGCUGUUGGCGAUGCUUUCAAUGAAGGUCUGUAUGAAGAGCAGGCUCGACUAAGAGGCAUUCCUUUAUUGGAAUCAAGACCAAAGUAUCAAAUGCGGAAUAUGACGGCAAAGGAGGCUUGUGGGAAUCAACAGGUUAUCUACUUCCCUCGUGUCGUGAAGGUGUCAGAUGCACUUUCUAUUCUAAGGGGUAACAAUCACAAUGGCUUUCCUGUCAUCGAUCACACAAGAAGUGGAGAAACACUCGUCAUUGGCCUCAUAUUGAGAAGUCAUUUGCUGGUGCUUCUGCAGUCAAAAGUUGAUUUUCAGCUCAGUCCAUUGCCCUUUAAUUCAAGAGACGGUCCGCCGCCAAUCAGGCACAAUCUAAAUGAAUUCGUCAAACCUGUUUCCACUAAGGGCAUUACUUUAGAUGACGUUCAUCUAACCCCUGAUGAUAUGAACAUGUACAUUGACCUUGCUCCAUUUUUAAACCCCUCACCUUAUGUUGUUCCGGAGGAUAUGUCAUUAACAAAGGUAUAUAAUCUGUUCCGCCAAUUAGGAUUAAGGCAUAUACUUGUUGUUCCCCGUGCUUCUCGUGUUAUUGGAAUGGUUACAAGGAAGGAUCUUUUGAUUGAGGAUAGUGAAGACAAUUCGGCUGUCGAACUUCAAUCCACUAGAGUAAGAGAACAGCAGCACCACAACAGACUGUCUAGGAGGAGAGCAGGUCCUGAACAACCUCUACUCGAUGGUCUCAUCGUAUAACAAUGCUCGUCUUGUCUAACACCUGCCAUUCGAGAACAAGGUUACUUCUGCUUCCUCUAUUUUUAAAGAGCUUUGUCAAUUCUUGUUACAUCCCAAGUUUGUCUUUAGCGACAGAAAUAUGUGUGUAUAGUUUGUGCAAAAUAUUUCUCCCCUUCAAAACCUAGAACCAUAGUGAGCAUAUAUUACCGGGUUUUGUAGGACGACACAUUAAUUUUUAGAAGGGGAGUUGCAAGUGUAAAAUGAUGUAAUCUUGCUCGAAAACUAAUUGCAAAAAUUAGUCGAGGUCAUUGUAUACCGAAAUGUGAUAGAGCUUACACGCACUGUUCUCUAGCCAAGAACUGUGUUCAAACUAUUCGUAUAUGGUGGAAGUACAUAUUUCUCCC